CACCAUGCAGCGCUUCUGCCUAUGGCUGCUCCUGGCGGCCGUCGCUGCCGUCGGCGUCAGCGGCACCAAGGUGGCGUACAACGACCGGGCUCUGGUGAUCGACGGCGAGCGCCGCAUCAUCAUCUCCGGCUCAAUCCACUACCCUAGGAGCACUCCCGAGAUGUGGCCGGACCUGAUCAGGAAGGCCAAGGAGGGCGGGCUGGACGCGAUCGAGACGUACGUGUUCUGGAACGGCCACGAGCCGCGCCGCCGGCAGUACAACUUCGAGGGCAACUACGACAUCGUGCGUUUCUUCAAGGAGGUCCAGGACGCCGGCAUGUACGCCAUCCUCCGCAUCGGCCCCUACAUCUGCGGCGAGUGGAACUACGGAGGUCUGCCGGCUUGGCUGCGCGACAUCUCCGGCAUGCAGUUCAGGAUGCACAACCACCCUUUCGAGCUCGAAAUGGAGACCUUCACGACGCUGAUCGUGGACAAGCUCAAGGAGGCCAGCAUGUUCGCCGGCCAGGGCGGCCCCAUCAUCCUGUCCCAGAUCGAGAACGAGUACGGCAACAUCAUGGGCAAGCUCAACAACAACCAGUCCGCCUCCGAGUACAUCCACUGGUGCGCCGCCAUGGCCAACAAGCAGAACGUCGGCGUGCCCUGGAUCAUGUGCCAGCAGGACGACGACGUCCCGCCCGGCGUCCUCAACACCUGCAACGGGUUCUACUGCCACGACUGGUUCCCCAAGAGGACCGACAUCCCCAAGAUGUGGACAGAGAACUGGACUGGAUGGUUCAAAGCCUGGGACAAGCCCGAUUUCCACCGGUCCGCCGAGGACGUCGCCUUCUCCGUUGCCAUGUUCUUCCAGAAGCGCGGAUCGCUGCAGAACUACUACAUGUACCACGGUGGCACCAAUUUUGGCCGCACCUCAGGUGGCCCCUACAUCACAACCAGCUAUGACUAUGAUGCCCCUCUCGAUGAAUAUGGUAACAUUCGGCAGCCCAAGUACGGGCACUUGAAGGAUCUGCACAACAUUCUCAAGUCCAUGGAGAAGAUCCUACUCCAUGGCGACUACAAGGACACCACCAUGGGCAACAACAAUGUCACGAUGACCAAGUACACCCUAGACAACACCACCUCAGCUUGUUUCAUCAGCAACAAGCACGACGACAAGGAUGUCAACGUUACCCUCGAGGACGGAGUAACCCACGUCGUGCCGGCGUGGUCGGUGAGCAUCCUCCCCGACUGCAAGACCGUCGCAUACAACAGCGCCAAGAUCAAGACACAAACGUCGGUGACGGUGAAGAGGCCGGAGGAUGGGUCGACCCAAAGCCUGACGUGGUCGUGGAUGCCGGAGAACCUCCAGCCAUUCAUGACCGACGAGAAGGGCAACUUCAGGAAGAACGAGCUGCUCGAGCAGAUCACCACGUCGGGCGAUCAGAGCGACUACCUCUGGUACAGGACAAGCUUUGAGCACAAGGGAGAAGGGAGCUACAAGUUGCACGUGAACACGACUGGUCAUGAGCUCUACGCCUUCGUCAAUGGCAAGCUCGUCGGUAGGCACCACUCUCCCAACGGCGGCUUCGUCUUCCAGAUGGAGACACCAGUCCACGUCCACGACGGCAAGAACUACAUCUCCCUCCUCAGCGCCACCAUCGGGCUCAAGAACUACGGCGCCCUGUUCGAGAUGAUGCCCGCCGGCAUCGUGGGCGGCCCGGUAAAGCUCGUCGACCCAGCCACCAACACCACAACGUACGACCUCUCCAACAGCUCCUGGGCAUACAAAUCGGGGCUCGUCGGCGAGCACCGGGAGGCGCACCUUGACAAGGCCGGCCAGCAGUGGCGCAGCCUCAACGGCACCAUCCCGGUGAACCGCCCCUUCACCUGGUACAAGGCGAGCUUCGAGGCCCCCGCCGGGUCGGAGCCCGUGGUGGCGGACCUGCUCGGGCUGGGCAAGGGCGUGGCGUGGAUCAACGGCAACAACCUGGGCCGGUACUGGCCGUCGUACACGGCCGCCGACAUGGGCGGCUGCCGGCAGUGCGACUACCGCGGCACGUUCAAGGCGGAGGGCGACGGGCUCAAGUGCCUGACGGGGUGCAACGAGCCGUCCCAGCGGUUCUACCACGUCCCCAGGUCGUUCCUCAAGGCCGGGGUGGAGAACACGGUGGUGCUCUUCGAGGAGGCCGGCGGCGACCCCACGAGGGUCGACUUCCACACCGUCGCCGUCGGCGCUGCGUGCGCGGAGGCCGCCGAGGUCGGCGACCAGGUGGCGCUGGCGUGCAGCCACGGCAGGACCAUCUCCAGCGUCGACGUGGCCAGCCUCGGCGUGGCGCGGGGCAAGUGCGGCGCCUACGAGGGCGGCUGCGAGUCCAAGGCCGCGCUGGCGGCGUUCGAGGCCGCCUGCGUCGGCAAGGAGUCGUGCACCGUGCGGCACGCCAACGACUUCCGCGCCGCCGCCGGCUGCGACUCCCGCGUGCUCACCGUGCAGGCCACCUGCUGAUGAUCGACCUUAGGCUAGCUGCAGAGUGUGUUAGUUAGCAUCAGGAGGAUCUGUUAG